AUGACCUCUACCUCGAACGCUGCAACUGAUCGGACCGUCGAUUUGACUGCUCAGUCUGGAGAUUCGCCAAGGGACGAUGGGCAAUUGCUGGGAAGUAAUUUCGAUAAUGAGAAGGAGAAUGUGAACCCGCGGGGUGGGAUACCGGAACAUAAGUCGGUUGCAGAGCAGGGUGGACGGGAUGCAACGGAGCAGCAGGACGAGGUAGAUGACUUUGGGCUUCCGAUUCGAGCGCGUCCUCGACCACCACUGCAGCCCGAAAGUGAAGCCUCGGAUGAUCAUGAGAUAUUUCACGAUGUGGAAGACACCUCCCUGAAAAGUCAAGAGGGGCAAAAAGCUGCGGAGAAAUCAGAACAACCAGACGAGCCGGAGAAAGAGCGCGAAGCUACUACGUGUAAACCCGAGGCCUCUGAUGACUUAGCACAGGGUACUCCAGAGAGUCAAGCAACACAAUUGCCUGCACAAGCGCCAGUAUCGGACAAUAAGGAAUUCUCCGAGAAAACCCCUGUUGCUUCACCGGAAAAUGAGAAACCGGUUACUCCUAGCGCACCUACGCAAGGUCUCCAAGAUGAAAAUGCCACGCCCAACGCUGAAAGUGCCGUUGUUCCUAAACCUGAAGGCCAACGUGAAAAACGACCGAAUCUCAAGGCUUCCGAAUGGUCACAUCAGCGAUUGACCGCAGGCCAAGAAUCGGACGACGAUGAGAGCGAGGAAGAAAGUGACAACGAAUGGAAGGAAAUGCCUGCUCUUGGGGAGUUCGACGAGUACGAUGAUUUUGGUCGGCUGCUUGCUCGUGGAGCCAAGAGACAGGAGGAAGAAGAAUAUGCACAGCAAGGUUAUAGUGGCGCUGGCAAGGGCUACACUCGCGUCCAGCUCGACGAGGAUGCACAGUCAGCGACAAGCUUGGACGAAGACACAAGCUACCUGUUCAAAGAAGCAGCAGGCAACUCAGCCGGUGUAGAAGGGGAAGAACUGCGUGAUCCCGACAGUCAACUUCAGGCCACGAAAGACAUCCUGACUGAGGGCCAAAGGAUAGCAUAUGUCGGGGUAACCAGGCUAUCCAUACAUGAAAUGUCAUUAGAUCAGGAGAAGAUACCCACAACUAAAAGCGCCAAGAAAGCACUACAGAAGGGUAGGGACGCCACGAAGAUGUGGGGACAAGCAACGAUGGCACGGCUUUAUGCGCAUAUGGAAAUCGAUGCUGCAGAGCAAAUUAUGAUUGAGCAGUUGGCCCAACACGGCGUGCAACCAUUGGAUCUUGUACCGCCUUUGAUGCAAAAUGCGCGAGUCAAGAACCCCAUGGCAGAGGAAGAUGGUCCCCCACGCGAGUCUACGUCCUCCGCUUCCUCUUCCGGCGAUAAAGACAGCCAUCAAGGUAGUAUCUCGACUGAAUUAAAUCGAGAUUCCACGUUGACGUCCCCUCCACCACCGUAUGAGACGGCCCAAGGAGAAGAUGACCCCCCAGAGGUUCAAUCUCCAUCCGAUAUGCCAACAUCGGCCAAGAUCGAUAUCGACCUCCGAUGGACGGUUCUUUGCGAUCUCUUCUUGGUUUUGAUCGCCGAUUCAGCCUAUGAUGCCAGAUCCCGAAGCUUGCUUGAGAGGGUCGGUCGAGCUAUGGAGGUACCAUGGCUUCAGAUCACCAAGUUCGAGAAACGAGUGAUGGAUGCUCUUGAAAUGCAGGAGGCGGAAAAUAACCAGGAGACAUGGGACGAAUCAGACCAUAUGGAAAAACGUCGGAAGUCUGCCUUGAAGCGCAGAUACAUGGUCAUGGGUCUGGCUACUGUAGGAGGUGGACUGGUUAUUGGUCUCUCGGCUGGGUUGCUGGCGCCAGUAAUAGGCGCUGGUCUUGCUGCUGGCUUUACCACAGUCGGGAUUACAGGUACUAGUGCUUUCCUGGGAGGAGCAGGUGGUACGGCUCUGAUCGCGUCUGGUGCUACAUUAACCGGAGGCACAAUCGGACUGAGGGCUUCACAUCGCCGAACCGGUGCUGUUCGGACGUUCGAAUAUCGACCGCUGCACAAUAACAAACGAGUCAAUCUCAUUAUUACGGUGUCUGGUUGGAUGACUGGCAAGGUAGAUGAUGUACGAUUGCCCUACAGUACUGUUGACCCUAUUAUGGGCGAUAUGUAUUCCGUUUUAUGGGAACCUGAAAUGUUGCAAAGCAUGGGUCAAACCAUCAACAUUCUGGCCACUGAGGCGUUGACCCAAGGUCUUCAACAUGUUCUCGGAAGCACUGUUCUGGUAGCUCUUAUGGCAUCAUUGCAACUACCUCUUGUUCUUACAAAAUUGUCUUAUCUGAUAGAUAACCCAUGGAACGUUUCCUUGGCCCGUGCGAACGCAGCUGGCCUUAUUAUGGCCGAUUCCCUAAUAGACCGCAACCUGGGUAAAAGGCCUGUGACCUUGCUUGGGUAUUCACUUGGGUCGAGGGUCAUAUUCUCAUGCCUGAAGGAACUCGCAGAUAGGGGGGCCCAAGGGCUUGUCGAAAACGUCUACAUGUUCGGAUCACCAAAUGUGGCAAACAAGGAUGAAUACAUCAAAGCUCGCAGCGUGGUCUCUGGGCGUUUCGUCAACGGCUACGCUUCUAACGACUGGAUCUUGGGUUAUCUAUUCCGUGCGACGAGUGGUGGAAUCAUGCGUGUUGCAGGUCUUGCACCAAUUGAAGGAAUUCCUGGACUAGAGAAUCGCGAUGUGACCCAGUUGGUCAAUGGGCAUAUGGAUUAUCGUACAGCAAUGCCUCGGUUAUUGAAAGAGGUUGGAUGGGAAGUGUUGAGCGAGGAAUUUGCUGAAAUCGAAGACCCUGAUCCGGAAAGCCAUGGAGAGCGGCAGCGGGAGUUGAUCCGAGAGAUCGACGAAGCCCGUAAAGAGGCAGAGAUGAAACCAGAGAAGAAGCGAUUUGGUCUGUUCAAGCGAGGGAAACUGGCGCAAAAGAAGGGGUGGGAGACAUACGACGUCGAGCGCAACAAGUCCAUAUCGCGUAGCUCGACCGACAGCGCCGGUACCGGGUCAGUUUUGUUUGACAUUGACGCUAUCAAAGCCGAACUGGCUUCGGAGGCCAUCGAAGUUAAGCAGCUGGAGUCAACCCUUCCUCCAAUGAAGUUGGAUUUGAAUUCUCCAAACGGACAACCUCCCACCACGCCGUCAUCCUCCGAUGCAAAACAGAAAGAAAAAGAAACGCCAAAUGCAGGCACAACGCAGCCCAUGCCUGCACCAAGUUCUGAUCAUAAAUCACUAACCCCCGAUUUGCUCUCUGGUCCACACGAGGAAGAAGGGAUCGAAAUGACUUUUGAUACUUCAUACAACGAAGAUAUACCACAACGUUCGCACUCUGCAUUCGAACCACCCAGCCAUGAUCCUUGUCCUACGAGACCGGAACUGCGAUCCUCCGCGACGAUGCCGGUUGGCGUUGGUGCCGGUGUUGGUGCCAGUGCUCUGGGUGCGUUAGCUAUGGAACCUAAUGCUUGGGCAGAGCAUGACUUUGGGGGUGGCGAAGAAGGUGAUAUGGAAUUGAGCUUUGAGUGA